CUAUUGCUUUAAGAGCUCCCUCUACUUUCCCUUUACAAAUACCCAUGUAUCACUUCUUGGGUACUUUGAAUUGCUAACAAAAUCUCUCUCUCUCUCUCUCUUGAUGGCUUUAAUGAAAGAAUUAGCAAGAAGUGACUUCCCAUCUGAUUUUAAGUUUGGGGUUGCUUCUUCUGCUCUUCAGACAGAAAGUGCACCUCAUGAAGGAGGGAGAGGAUCGAGUACGUGGGACUACUUCAUUGAAGACACCCCAGCAGUUCAAUUCUACCACAAAUACAAAGAUGAUGUACAAUGCUUGAAGAAUAUGAACAUAGAGAACUAUAGAUUCUCCAUUGCUUGGCCCCGGCUAAUUCCAACUGGAAAAUUGAGUGAUGGUGUCAACCAAACUGGCAUUGAUUUCUACAACAAUUUGAUAGAUGAACUGGUUGCUAAUGGUAUCGAGCCUUUUGUGACAUUGUUCCACUUUGACUUGCCUUCUGCUCUGCAAGAAGAAUACCAUGGCUUGUUGAGCUCAAACUUUGUUGAGGACUUCACGAAUUAUGCCGAUCUUUGUUUCAAGACUUUUGGAGAUAGGGUGAAACACUGGAUAACAAUUAACGAACCACAAGUUUUUGCUGUGUAUGGAUAUAAAAUGAGUCUGUCAAUUCCAGAUGAACCAUCAACGCAUCCUUACAUAGCUGCUCAUAAUAUCAUACUAGCCCAUGCCAGUGCCGUUAAAGCCUACAGAGAUUCUCACCAACCCACACAAAAAGGAGAAAUAGGUAUUUCUGUGAGUGCCCAAUGGUUUCUGCCACUUGGUGUAACGCCUGCGGAUAAGCAUGCAGCACAGAGAGCAUGGGACUUCAUGACUGGAUGGUUUUUAGAUCCAUUAGUGAGUGGAGACUACCCAUUCAACAUGAAGGCUAUUCUGAGGGAUAGGCUUCCAACAUUCACUGAAGAGCAAGAAGAAAUGGUUAAAGGGUCCUUUGAUUUCAUUGGCCUCAAUUACUACACAUCAAGAUACACAAAACCCCUUAAGCUAUCUUCCAAUGAUGUGCCUACCGGCUACGAAAAUGACCAAUAUGUUCAAACACUAACGGAGAAAAAUGGGGUACCUAUUGGUGAACAGGCUGGAGGUUUCGAUGCGAUUUUUGUUUACCCGGAAGGACUGGGUGAAGUUCUAUUACAUUUGAAGCUUGCAUAUAACAACCCCACCAUCUACAUUACUGAAAACGGAUAUCCACAGAAAAGGAACAGCUCGAUCGCCAUUGAGACGGCACUACAAGAUGAUGUCCGAAUUGAGUUCCUCCAAAACCACCUCACCUAUGUCAGAAAGGCCUUGAGUGAGGGGGUUAACCUCAAGGGUUACUUCGUAUGGUCCCUCUUGGACAACAUGGAAAUGGGAUCAGGAUAUACCAUUGGAUUUGGGCUACAUUAUGUCGACCAUGAUGAUGAUUUCAAGAGGCACCCCAAAAAAUCAGUUUCCUGGCUCAGGAAUUUCAUCACGGGCAGCAGCAGCAGUAGCUCCUAAGAAAAAGGACCUUUCAAUGCAUACGAUUUCUGCGCCAUCUCAUGAAAUAUAAGCAGAAGUCACUUACUUUGUUUUAUUAGCCCUGUUGAUCAAUCUAGAUUGCAUUUUAGGAGUAAACUUGUCAUCAGGUUUGUCUAAAUUUUGUGGGUUCCCAAAAUGCUUUUCUUAAUUUGCUAUACUUUCGCUGCAUGUCAAGAAAUAGGACCAACAACGUUUAUCAAACAUACACUCUCCUUCAUGUUUCUCUUAAUUCGUUGUAUUUCCAAAGAAAAAUAAAUACAUUUUUGGCAACGGUUAUAUCA